UUUAGACUUAGGAUAUAAACAAAUAAAAAAUACUCUGUGGGUUCCAGUAUAUCCUUUAUUUUGCAGAAUAAAAAGUAUAACAUGGACCCGGAAAAGAAAGUUGCAAACACUUUCGUAUAUUUAGAUAUACAAUUUGAUGGACUUAAAGCUGGAAGAGUCGUGAUAGAAUUAUACAAUGAUCAAGUACCAAAGACUGUGGAAAACUUUAGAACUCUAUGUACAGGUGAAAAAGGAAUUGGUAAAAAGGGAAAGCCGCUUCAUUACAAAGGAACAAAGUUUCAUAAAGUGGUUUCUAUGUGUAUGGUUCAGACUGGUGAUAUUAUAAACAACAAUGGAACCAGCGGAGAAAGUAUAUAUGGUGAAUAUUUUGAAGAUGAAAAUUUUUCUGUAAAGCAUGAUCAAGAAGGUAUUGUAGGUAUGGUGAAUAUGGGACCAAAUACAAAUCAAUCACAGUUUUACAUUACAACACAGCCUUGUUUCCACUUGGAUAACUCAAAUGUAGCGUUUGGAAAAGUAGUAAAAGGUUUAAAUAUACUUGUCGAAAUGUCAGAUCUACCUCGAGAAAACGACAAACCAUUAGGGGAGUUAAUCAUAGCUGACUGUGGAGAAUUUAAACCCGACGAACCUUGGAAUAUAACAGAAGAUGACGGCACCGAAGAUAAAUAUCCACCUUGGCCUGACGAUUGGGAAGAACAAGAUGCCGAUGCUAUUCUAGUGGAACAAACUGUAAAUGACAUAAAGAGUGCUGGUAACUUCUAUUUUAAUAAAAAGGAUUUUGCGAUGGCGGAACGAAAAUACGUUAAGUGUAUAAGAUAUUUUGAUUGGUAUAUGAAUAAGAAAAAAGAACCGACUUUGGAAAGAAGUAUACGAUUAACGUUGAUGAUGAAUUUAGCAAGUGCCCAGUUGAAGAGGAAUAAAUACAAGGAAACCGCGUCUUUGUGUACGGCGUUGAUUAAAGAAGACCCGGACAAUGGAAAAGUCUAUUACCGACGAGCACAAGCGAUGAUGGGAUUAAAAGAAUAUGAUAGAGCUUUAAAAGAUUUAAAGACUGCCUUAGGUCUGCAUCCAAAUGACAAAAACAUCAUUCGACUAUUAAAUAAUGUUAAAAAAGAUAAACUUACUUACCUAAAAAAAGAAAAAGUAUUUUUUUCCAAGUUGUUUAAUUAGUGUUUUGUAAGUAACAUUUAUAUAUUUUAUAUUUAUCUAAAUAUAUGAGCGAAAUAUAUCUGCUGGCGUGAUCUAUUUGUAAUAGAUGUAAUAAAUAUAUUUUUAAACAGUGUUUAAUAAAACUUUAAAUAAAAU